UGUGAACAAACUUUUUUUAUAUAUAAAAAUUACCUCCUACAGCUUAAAGUGUUUUUAGGUUGACAAAAAAUCUAACAUUUUAACAUUUUGAGAACGGUGGGUUUCACUUAGUYUCCAACAGAAUAUUAUGUCUUGUUCUACAUGUAUUGACAUGAAAGCUCUUGUUUAAUGGUCCUGUGUUGCAGUUAUUACCUGUGAGCAUGGUGAAAUAAGGAUCAUGCGAGAUUCCAGAUACAAGCGACAGAGACUGGGCUAGGUUACUAGGUGACURGGCUAAGACUUGAACAUAGGGWGGGGAUAUCAGUAAAGUUUUUACUCUUCUACAUCAAAAGUGGUUCACCGUUCUGACCUGGGAGGCCUUUUUCUUUCRCUUAUAGCUCYACAAACAGAUCUGAUAAUGAYAAAGAUGGUUACCAAGAGAGUCUUUCUGGGAAAUAAGUUAGAAAAGAAUGAUUUCUUAAUUUUAUUGUCCAAAAGAAAUUAGAUGUUGGGACAGACCACUAGGGGGCUUUAUUCACACCGAGAUGACUGGAUGUUUGGAUUUWAAAAAUAUGUUUGUUUGUUUUUUGUAAUGACUGCUUUCAGUCUGGAACUUGUAAAAUAUUUCAGUGGACUUUAUUUGUUUUAAGUCAUUUGACACUGACCUAUUAAUGACUCCAGCUGAAUAAGAGAUGGAAUAAUUCAUAUUUGUCGUCUUCAAUUCAAAUUAAAAAAAUCACUAUAUUCACCCCCAAAGGGAAAUUAAAAAUUGCCAAAAAUUGUUGCAGUAAAAAUCUCAAGCAUCGCUCAUAUAUUGCUUGUGUUGGGCACCAAUCUUCUGAACAAGCAGCCUAGUCACCAGGUAAGAAACGUUCAAAGACCUUGAAAAAAMCAAGGUAAAAGCCACAUCAAAACACUGUUAAAAUGUGUGGGAAAUGCUCUGGUUAUUUUAUUUAAUGUUUUUCCUGCAGCUAAACUGUCAUAUUAAAACCGUGUUUCUGGCUGUACAUGAUUAUUAGGGGGAAAAAAAACUACAGUUUAAUUUUUUAUUUCAGCCAUAAAAGCACUUUUUUUUUCAUUGUUAUGAUUUGAAUCUUCUGACGUGCCGCGUGACGCCGCACGUCAUCUGCGGUCCGAGUGGGGCGGGGCUCGUUAACGGAGAAAUCGAAAUAAAGGAUCCUGCAGAAAUCUCACCUGAAGCUAUAUCACUUGUCAGCAGAGCAGUGAAAGAAUAUUCGUCUGUGAUGCCGAUUCGCCGAGCAACCGCAACUCCAACCCAGGAGAAGGCUCCCUCUGCGGCUGCAGAGAAAGAACAAGAGGCGUCAUCUGAAGAGUCGCCCCCUGCUGAUAAGGAGCAGGCUGCAUCUUCAGCUGCCCCAGCAGAGGGGGAGGCAUCGGGCGACGGAGAGGCCGCGGAGAAGGCAGAAGACGGACCCCUGGAGACAAAGGAGGAAGCUGGAGACGGGAAAGAACAUAAUGUGAAAUGCCAGGACUGCGCGGCUGGACAGUGCUCAACACACUGCUAUGUUCUCCUUCUAAGGAUGAAAGAUGGCGUCAAGCAUAAGAAAUCCAAGUCCAAGAAGGUGAAACGGACAAUUCCUGCAUGGGCUAGCGUCACCACACACAAAAAAAUCCCCGUGUCCAACUUUGCAGGCACGCAGAACAAAGUGGAAAACGUCCUUGUCGAAGCUAUAGGGUCCUCCAAUGAGAGGUCUGGGAUGUCCUUCCAAUCCGUCAUGAAAUAUAUGUUGAAAAAAUACCCAGGGAUGGAUUUUCACAAGAAGAAGACUCUAAUCAAGAAAUCAAUGAAGAAACACUUGGAAAAGGGCACCAUCAAACAGCUGAAGGGUAAAGGCCUUUCAGGAACCUUCGCCAUUGGAAAAGCGCCUCCCCAAUCUAAGAAAGGCGUUCCGAAGCAGGAGUCUCUGGGAGACGCCCUUCCUCUCAUCAUCACUCGGCUCUGUGAGCCCAAAGAGGCCUCUUACAAUCUGAUCAAGAAGUAUCUGGAGCAGCACUUCCCCAGCCUCAACAUUGAAAACAGGCCUGAUCUACUGAAGACCGCCCUGGUAAGGGCGGUAGAGAAAGGACACCUGGAGCAAAUCACAGGGACAGGAGCGAGAGGAACCUUCCAGCUGAAGCGAGCUGCCAAAGAGUCUCAGCUGAAAGGCAGCACGUUGGAAGAUGCCAUCACAGUUGCGAUCACAGCUAUGAAUGAGCCCAAGACCUGCAGCACUACAUCCCUGCGCAAAUAUCUCGUAGACUCCAACAAAGACGUCAAGGAGAACCUGCUGGUGGCCAGUUUGAGGAGGACUCUGACCAAGUGUAAAGUUCUGGGCUGGAUGGAGCAGAUAACUGGUCACGGUUUCACAGGGACUUAUCAGCUCUCAUUUCCAUUUUAUCCAAGCCCUACCACCCUGUAUCCAGAAAAGUUUCAAGAUGUUCCAAAAAAACCAGUCAAGCGGAAGCGGCUUACAGAUUCUUCAGAUGAAGAAGAUGAGGAAGAGGAGUCUGAGGAAGAAGAGUCAGAAGAUGAGGCUCCAGUUCGCAAGAGGACACCUAACAAGAGGCCUCCACCUAAGGCUCGGCGCCCUCCACCUGCCAAGAAACCCCGCAGUGUCAGCAAGCCGAAGGCUGGAGGUAAAGGUCGAGCACUUGCAAAGAAGUCGCCUGCCAAGAAACCUGUGAGAUCGGGAAAGACCCCAUGUAAAAAGGAAACUGUAUCGACGCCUAAAGCAACACCUGUGAAGAAAGGGGCUCCUUCAAGAAAGUCUAAAACACCAGCUGUUAAAAAGCUAAGCAAAAAAGGCUCCAGGAAACCUCCAUCCAGAGAGUCAUCCCCGGAAGAGCCCAAAGUUGAAAAGGCGACGACAAAAAGUGGUUCCAGGCGGAUAAAAACCGAGGAGUCCUACCCCGAGGAGCCGAAGGUUCUAAAGGAGACGACGAAAAGCGGAUCGAAGCGAUUUAAAGUUGAAGAGUCGUCCCCCAAGGAGCCCGCGCCCAAAAAGCCGGCGGCCAGAGGUGGGUCCAAAAAAAAGGCACAACCAUCGCCUCCCAAGAAGGCUGACCUCAAAAAACCCCCGAAAAGCAGCAAACAGUCCGCUCGAAAGUCCAAGAGAGGAAGAUACUGAACCCAUGAGCGCCUUCCAGAAACUGGGCUGUUCUGAACAGUCUGCAGCUUUGUUUCAAUGCUCUCUCUAUUUUUACCAUUCUGUUUUAGAGGGCUGUAGUUUUAACGUUCAUUUUGUUUUGUUUUUUUACUGUAGAGUAAGAACAUUAUCUUAACAGUUACGUUAGCCGUGCAUUGAGGGUGUGUUGAAGUCCUUUUUUUAUUCAUGAUGUGUAGAACAGCUUGGUUAGUCUUGCCGUUAAAGAUGCCAGUUUGGGAAAGCAGAGCAAAAUUCACCAUACUGUAACUAGAACCAUGUCUUGACUUCUGUUUGUAUGUGUUCAUCCACUCAGUGCUGGUGGCUCACAUUCCUGAUCCCAACAAAAGAGAGUUCAGUGUUCUUUCGAAGGCGGAAGUGUCGGAUUUAUUUUUUUAAUUAUUAUUAUUAUUAUUAAUAAGAGGUUAAAGACCUUAGACUGUCAGUGUUGCUGCGCUAUAAAAGAGAGAAAUGUAGACUGUUGUCCAGUGUCUUAAGACUCCAAUCCUGGACAGUGUGGCCAGUACAGGAUUGGAGUCUGAAAUCUUAUCCAUAUUCGUAAUCUUUAUACUUUUGGGAACGUUUCAUGUUCAACCAGCUGCCCUGUUGAUUUUAAAUGAAAAAAAAAAGCACUUGAUAUUGAAAUCACAAAUAAAAUAUGUCUGUAUGUAAAAUCAAGAUAUACAUUGGUUUUAAUAGCUUCACAGCUGUUAUUUAGUUCCAAAUUAUAAUAAAUUUGUGUUGUAAGAAAUGGAGGAUACCAGCUCACACAUACCCUGCAUGCAUGUAUUCCCUGUGUUAUCCUUUUUUUUCCCCAAGUCAUUAAUAAAAUGGCUAUAUUUGUAAUCUGUUUGGGGUUUUUUGUAAGCCACCAUAGCUGAUUGGAUCUGAUUUGCUCUUUUUUUGAGCAGAAAAACAAUCUCUCCAGAUUUGUGACCCACAUUUUCAGACUGUUCCAUGAUUUUUGCUGAAUCUUACAUAUUUCACUUUAUUUUUAUUUUUUUCACUUUAACCUGGCAUUCAACUUAUUACCCUGAAGUGCAAUAAGCCACAUUUGAAUAAUUUAACAUUGGCACCUUAUUCUAAAGACAUUUUUUAGCAGUAGAAAUAAAUGUCCUUAUUCAUUCAAACUAUUUCAAAAUCUCCAAUGUCCAAAUUUAGUUCAAGGCAAACUAGUUUUUGUUUUUUUAUUAAUACUUUUAAAUGAGAGUAAAACAGUCCAACAUUGUGUGACUAAAAUCCUGUGUAUUGAUUGACUUGCACAUAAAACAGUUUUGACAAGCCAGUUCACGCAAUUCCUUGUGCUUGGAAUCACUUCAGGUUUGGAUAAAUGUAGAGGACGGGCAUCUGACAUAAAACCUAAGCCAAAUCAAAUAUGCAAAUCACAAACGUGUAGUGGUGAACCCUGAAAGGAGAAAAAAAAUGAACCCAUUAUGGCAUCAUUCUCGUUCUGUAAUUUUAAAAUAAAAGUUUUUUUGUAUCAGAAAUUGGAUCUUGGUGUAGCAUUUUAAGAUUAUCUUUAAAUUGAAAAUGAAAGCAUUCAUUCAUUAGAAAUGGUGAUAAAUUAUAUUUAUCCCUGUUCAUUUUGAUUGUUUACAUAAGAUUUAUAAAGCAUUUAGUGAGUGACACCUUCUACAAAAUGGGGUAAACCACAAAAGCCCAUAGCUAAAGAAACCACUUGGCUGCACCCAAACAUAUUCAUGGAAGG